AUGUUGCAAUUGGCCGACGCAGAGAAGGCAGGUCAUGGUUAUCACGCGCAAGCCUUCGAUAUCAAGCCCUUGAGAUACGUGGACGUUCCAAAGGCGACUCGGCACUCCGUCGAUGCUUUCGGUCAAGACUCCGAGACUAAGUAUCUCGCGGAUGCCGAUACUACUCCUUUCUGGGACCAACGCCAAUACGUAAGACAAUUUGCGUUCCUUGUCGACAGCGUACGCUUGCUGCAGACGUUCUGCAUCAACGGCGGCGAAUCCCUCAUCCUAAUUGGUGGAUCUGGAAGAACCCGUGGCCCGCUGGGUGCCAUUGUGCAGCCGCUCUUUAUGGCCCUCGCCCCAGAGGAGUACAGGAAGAGACGGAAUGAGAUCGUGGAGAAAGCGACCGAGCUAGUGAACGCCGCGUUCGGCGACAGCCCCGAGGACAUGAUCGAGAUACACGGGCUCUCGACCGCCCCUGAGAAGCAGGGGCUGGGCUACGCCAGCGCGCUCAUGGGCGUCGUUGGAGAGAUGGCUGACGCGCAGGGACGCGGUGUGUACGCGAUUACCACGGAUGCGUACAGGUUCUACGAGGCACAAGGGUACACCGUUCUGCAGGAAGGUUUUAUUGGAGGGGACAAUCCCAAAUGGGACGGGCCUCCCAUCGGUUUUCGCAUUGGAUACAGGGGGCAUGCUGCACCUCGCGAAAGCGACGACGAGAAGUCCCCGCUACUCACCCUGGAGGACGGGGUAGCCCCAACACUGCCUAUCUUGCGGCCGCUGGGAUACGGAGAUGUUCCGAACGCGGUGAGAACGAGCUACAAUGCUAUCCUCGACGACGCCCUGACUCGGUACCUAGAUGAUGUUGAUACCGUUCCUGGCCGGGCGUUGAGACAGAAGAUUUCACAUGGGCUCUCACUCUCAGACCAUGUCUCCCUUCACACCGGGUGGACUAUCGGCGACCGCGGCGGCGAUGCCAUCCUGACUCUUGUGUUCCCUGGGGGCAAACGGGGAAGAUUGUUGCCAUUCUUCACCCCUCUCUUGAGGCCGUUUGACACCGAGGAGUUAGUCAAGCGGAAGAAAGAGUUUGGCGCAAAGGUGGGGCCGAUGCUCAAGCGGGCCUUCGGGGACUCGAUAGAGAACCUCAUCGAGAUACAAGGCUUGGCAACCGCUCCGGAACAUCAGGGCAAGGGCUACGGCACUGCACUGAUGCUACUCGUAAAUGCUUUGGCGGACGUGCAGAAACGUGGCGUGUAUCUGCUUACCACAGAUGCACACGGAUUCUACCAGAGAUUCGGCUACCACAUUGUUGCAGAAGAUGUCCUCGGAGCGGACAACCCAAAGUGGACUGGGGAACCGGUUCACAUACGUGUAAUGUACAGACGUCCAUUGGGGUUCCCCUUUCCCCCUAGUGACUCGGAGUCGGAGAAGGUCUCUCGGUGAUCUGAGGUUGAGGCUUGUUGCGCGGCUAUGCAGCGCGCAGCCCACUGCGUCCAACGGCGUUGCCGGUUCACGCCGGCGCACCUGUUUGAAAUUGUGAUGAUGGUCCGAUGUAUGGCUAUCGUACUUGGACAUAUAUGGAAUCCACAGCCGCC